ACGGUCGGAGCAGCAGCCCCCUGGUCCAUCGCGUGCGGAGAAGAAAUCACGAUGAGGCUCGGACUUUUCGUCCUCCUCUGCCUCGCGGUUUGCACCGCAAGAAAGUCUCGGAGUGACGUCUACUAUCCAGCUCCGUAUUUUGACGAAGGAGAAAAUUUGAGCAUUCAGAACUGUGGAAAUAACGAAACAGCUCUAUAUCAGAACCAAUGGAUCGUUGAUGUUAAAAACAUUCGUAAUAAAGAUGAUUGGUGCGAUAACUUUAUAGCCAUUUCUCAACAGACUAUUCUUGAACUAGGUUAUUGCAAUUUCAAUAAAAGGGAUUCAACUGAUCUACGGGUCUUUCCGAAUAAUUGUUCUACUCCCGAGAGUCCCGAGACAGAAGAGGAAUGCCGCAGAUUGUCCGUCAAAGUACUGGAUGUAAUUGAAAUUGCCAGAAAUCCGGAUGCUGGUUAUAAAUGGGCCAUAAAGAUUAUGAUUACUGAGAAAAUGCCGAGUGAGGUAACUCCCAUUUGUUUGUUUAACCGUGACAACGCAAUGGACUCGCAACUUCAAAGUGAAUCACCCUACUUUGAAUGGUCACCAUGGGAAACGCUGAAUCCACCUGUCCCAACAAAUGUGACGAGCCAAAACAAGUGUAGCACGGCCCUAAACAGAUUUGAUUUGAGUUCAUUGAGAAUAUUUAGAAUUCCCAUCCAGAAUAUCCUGUGUGUCGAGGAAAACAGAGAUGACUAUUUUUAUCUGAUCAAUUUCUACAAAGGCCGGUUUUUCUUGAGAGGUCUAAAAGAAGAAACGCUUAACCGUUUUUACUUUGAUAUAUUGCCAUACAUUGACGAGAUCGCAAUGCACGCAAAAGACAUUUUUGCUCUACGCCCAAUCCCGGAAACAAAACAACAGAGAGGAUUCUCCGUGCCAGAGAACCUCAGUUUCCAAAACUGCGGAAGGAAACCGACGUCAAGAAGGAGGAAAAGAGGAAAUGGUGAUUCUUCCUCAGAAUUACAUUCGAAUAGUCGUAUUUUCGGCGAAAACAUAGCUCAGACAGGUGACCACCCAUGGCAUGUUUACAUUGAGAAUAAGGUGACUGGAGAAGCCUUAGGUGGGACAUUGAUUUCGCCGACAGUAAUUUUGACAGCUGCUCAUUGUAUUUAUGGCACAAAAGCAGAGGACUUCAUAGUUUCUCUUGGGGUGUAUGAUAAAAGACAAAGAAGAGCUCCUGGUGUUCAGAGAAGAAAGGUUAGCAGUCUGAUCACGCACCCGAAAUAUGACUCUGCGCAAUUCAUUAGUGAUAUCGGACUCAUGAUUUUGAGCAAAAAAGUCAAGAUAUCCGAUAACAUCCGACCGAUUUGCUUGUGGAACGACGAUACUGACUCUAACUUGAAUCGCGUGGCUGGAACCAAAGCUAUGGCGGUUGGGUUCGGGCUUGUCGACAACCACACACGCAGAGAUGAACUGCAAGAGGUUCGACUGCCGAUUAGAGCUCACAAAGAGUGCUACUUGUCGAAAAGGAGGUUUUUCGGGAAAUACUUGAGGCCAGGAGACAACUUUUGCGCCGGCUACACUAAUGGAACGACCAUCUGCAACGGAUACAGCGGAGGAAGCCUUUCCGUGGAAAAAAACGACCGCUGGUUUAUCAGGGGCAUCGUCAGCUUUGGAAUGUCGAAAAAAGUGAUGUUUGAGGGAAAUGAGACAUCGUUGUGUCACCCAAAUCAAUACUCCCUACUCGCCGACGUCGCAAGUUACAUGGACUGGAUCGUGGGAAACACGCCGGACCUUUCAUUCCGGAAUUAAAUUUGGGUUUUGAAAAAAAGGUUUAGCAAAAGGACAGUAGUAAUUCAGUAGAAAAAUGUAGAUGGACAGCAUAAUCUUUUAUCAAAAUAUUUCUGUAAUGGGGUUUUUAUAUAAUAAAUGGUUGUAAAAAUUUUAAUU